AUGACUAAAGAGAGAGACCAGUUAACUAACAAGAGCGACCAGUUGAAGACCAGUUUCAAUGCCAUGACUAAAGAGAGAGACCAGUUUCAGGGUUAUCUCUGUGUGCUACGUGAGUUGUACUGUACUUGAGAAAUGAGACGGCGAAAAAGUAAACAGUCAUUUUGAAAUACCAUCUUGUAAUCCUUAAAAAACAUAAUUGUUCAUUUAGAUAUGACUGGAUAAUUCACUAACAGGUUUGUGUCACUAGCCUCAUUUAUACCUGGUUCUACUUUUAUUAAACUAGAGACUACCAUUCUCUUUAUAUUACAUAUCACCAUGUUUUAUUAUUUGAUAUCAUGCCUAUUUAUGAAUGCCUUUUAAUCACGUGUGCGGUUUACAACGAUUGCCUUUCACUACAUCCUUACAUUCCCACGUGUGAAAUCGAAUUGAAUUGCAUGGACUAUUUUGCUUGCUUGCAUGGUAUGCUGUGAUUCCACAGAUUGACAUGGACUUAAGUGACAUUGAGACAGCUGUUGCCAAAUCCCUAGCACCUUCUCCCGCCCCAGAACUCGAGUUAAAAGGUUAAAAGGAACUUACCUUCAGGGCACCAUUUGGACCGGGGACUUCUCGACUGACGGACGUCCACCUCAUUGCUGCUGCUUCUCGCCGCUGUUCACCUGCUGUGGGAAAAAGACAAAUCACAACACUCUCUAUAGCACUACUAAAAGAAAGUGCUUGUUUCGAAUGUGUGAGUGUGACUCCAACUGUUCGCCAAUACAUGCUCUAAUUGUAUGUUGUGUCCCCCGCGACUACAGAAACUGGGGACACGUCUGACGCAGCUGCGAGAGACUACACCCAACGCUACCACAUAGCCGGGCCUGUGCGGAGUUAGGGACAGCCGGCGACCUGCCAUUGACAACCGAACCAGCCAUCGACUAACGACCCCUGUUCGGAGGAAGAGCCGAACCCUCCUCAGGUUGAGCCGAAUGAACGAACCCUGCUCGGGUAGAGCCGAACGAAGAAACCCUGCUCGGGUAGAGCUGAACGAACUAAGAAACCCUGCUUGGGUAGAGCCGAACGAAGAAACCCUGCUCGGGAAGAGCUAAACGAACGAAGAAACCCUACUCGGGUAGAACUAAACGAACUAAGAAACCCUGCUUGGGUAGAACUAAACGAACUAAGAAACCCUGCUUGGGUAGAGCCGAACGAACAUUGGCCACCGCUACGUGAGUGAAUGAACUGCUGUGUUAGUUUGCUCCGGAGCUCAUAGUUGGCCUAUAUCCCUAAAUCCUAGCCCUUUUAUGUUUCUGAUCGGGCCGUGGUGAUACUGUGUUGUCAUUAUGGUAAAAGCUCAAUUUAUAAUAAAGAACCUUUACUCUGGCCUGCCUCUGAUUGUGUUUGCUGUGGGAUCUUAGAACUCUGCUCGACACUAACAUGUGUCCUUUGUCCUGAUCUUAUCCACAUCCUGAUUGUGCCCACAUUGUUGCCGUUGCAUCUACACGUGGUAGUAAAAUAUGUCUGCACUGUGACCAGAUAUCCUGGUCCCUCCCUGUAUGAAUAUUAUUUGACAGCUAUUCUUUCAAAAUGUAUAUUUAUUUUAAGACUAUUGAUACCAUAAGUCAAUGGCAUCAUCUGUCAAUUAAUGAUUUAAAUGGUUUCACUGUAGAUCCGUCUACACUAUCCAGACACAAUGCGUGUCGGACUACCUCCGGAGGUGGUCAGAAAGAUCGGAUCACAAUGAGUCUUUUAAUUGUCUACACCUGUCUAAAAAUAUGGGCACAAUCAGAAUGUGGACAAGAUCAGGACAAAGAAUGUAUGUUGGAACCAGGUAUAAACGGGGCUACUGUGGACGUGAGUGCUACGUUUCCAGUGUUCUGCUGUGCUCUUCAACAGGGAAUGAGCAUUCAACAGGGUCAACACAUGGAGGUUUUUCAGCUCCAGUUGGUAUUACAUCUCUACUGAGACUGCAAGGGAAGAGAAGCAGACCUAGUGAUCAUAAACUGCAAAGAGGAGCAGGAGAGUGAAAGAAAAUAAACGAAGGGGGGAGAUGGGAUCUGGAACUAGUGUGUUACUGUUGAUGGGCCCUAUUUUCUUGCCAGUAUAUUUUUCUGCCAAUAUGCUGAGAAUUUAUCCAUGGAAUUGAAAAUAAGAGAUACUGGAUUGGUCUGUCUGACCAUGAUAAGAAAAUGACCAUGAAAUGGGUGGACGGCAAACCACUGACCAUGUGGUAAGGAAAUGAUUAUAGAGUACAUUCGGAAAGUAUUCAGACCCCUUCACUUUUUCCACAUUUUGUUACGUUAUAGCCUUAUUCUAAGAUGGAUUACAUUUUUCCCCUCAUCAAUCUAUACACAAUACCCCAUAAUGACAAAAAAACAGGUUUUUAGAAAUGUUUGCAAAUAUAUAUUUAUAUAAAAAAAGGGAUAACAUUUACAUAAGUAUUCAGACACUUUACUUACUACUUUGCUGAAGCACAUUUGGCAGCGAAUACAGCCUCGGGUCUUCUUGGGUAUGUCGCUACAAGCUUGACACACCUUUAUUUGGGGAGUUUCUCCCAUUCUUCUCUGCAGAUCCUCUCAAGCUCUGUCAGGUUGGAUGGGGAGCGUCGCUGUACAGCUAUUUUAAGUUCUCUCCAGAGAUGUUCGAUCAUGUUCAAGUCCGGGCUCUGGCUGGGCCACUCAAGGACAUUCAGAGACUUGUCCCGAAGGCACUCCUGCGUUGUCUUGGCUGUGUGCUUAGGGUCGUUGUCCUGUUGGAAGGUAAACCUUUACCCCAGUCUGAGGUCCUGAGCUCUCUGGAGCAGGUUUUCAUCAAGGAUCUCUGUACUUUGCUCCGUUCAUCUUUCCCUCGAUCCUGACUAGUCUCCCAGUCCCUGCCGCUGAAAAACAUCCCCACAGCAUGAUGCUGCCACCACCAUGCUUCACCGUAGGGAUGGUGCCAGGUUUCCUCCAGACGUGACGCUUGGCAUUCAGGCCAAAGAGUUCAAUCUUGGUUUCAUCAGACCAGAGAAUCUUGUUUCUCAUGGUCUGAGAGUCCUUUAGGUGCCUUUUGGCAAACUCCAAGCGGGCUGUCAUGUGCCUUUUACUGAGGAGUAGCUUUCGUCUGGCCACUCUACCAUAAAGGCCUGAUUGGUGGAGUGCUGCAGAGAUUGUUGUCCUUCUGGAAGGUUCUCCCAUCUCCACAGAGGAACUCUGGAGCUCUGAGUGACCAUCGGGUUCUUGGUCACCUUCCUGACCAAGGCCCUUCUCCCCUGAUUGCUCAGUUUGGGCGGACGGCCAGCUCUAGGAAGAGUCUUGGUGGUUCCAAACUUCUUCCAUUUAAGAAUGAUGGAGGCCACUGUGUUCUUGGGGACCUUCAAUGCUGCAGAAAUGUUUUGGUGCCCUUCCUCAGAUCUGUGCCUCGACACAAUCCUGUCUCGGAGCUCUACGGACAAUUCCUUCGACCUCAUGGCUUGGUUUUUGCUCUGACAUGCACUGUCAACUGUGGGACCUUAUAUAGACAGGUCUGUGCCUUUCCAAAUAAUGUCAAAUCAGCCUGUGGUUAUGUCUAAUAUGGCAUCCUUUACAGAGAUACAGUGAUAACAUAGAGAAAGAAAUCUGGAGGUUGGUGCAGCACAAAGAUCAACAUAGACCUACAGUAUUAUAGCAGAGAAUACCUCUCAGUAAAGUAUGACAUCAAUGGAGAAUCAACCACUUUUCCAGGAUAUGAAUGAAUAACAAUAAGUCUGUCUAUAUUUUCCUCUGAAAACGAAGGUUCUGGGAGAUUGGUGAGCCAAAUGACAUUCAUGGAUAUGAGGACAUUACUGAGAUGAUGCACCCUGAUUUUGAUGAUGAUCCAUUACAGAUCUGGAAUGAUGGAACAUGUGACUUCUGGAUCUGUGAGAAAGUAGCCUGCCCCUAGGCCUAACUCAAACAACAAACCCACACAAAGUUAAAUGCAUGUAAAUUACUAAUCUGAGACUACUAAUCUGUGAACUCAAAUAGAAAGGAAUCUUCUGAAACUGGCACAGCAUGAAACAUAGACCUACAGUAUAGAAGAGAACACCGCUCAGUAAAUAAUGAUACAGUAUCAUAUCAUAUAGAAGCUAUAUAGAAUUGGUCUGCUCAUAUUAUUGCAAAUGGACAAAUGAUCAAAGUCAAUAAUUAGAUUUGAGGUUAAAACAACACAAUACAGAUGAAGUUAUUGUGCAUUGUAUAAUAAAUAAUGUGAUUUUCAUGUAAAUGGGGGCCAGUCAAACAAUAUAGAGUAAUAAAAGUGACAGUGCCAAGAUUAAGGGAUGAACAGAGUUUGAGAUUACAUAUUUCAUAUUUCAACAGACAGAUAUUGGCAAAUGUUACUCCAGUCUAUUUAAUAAACAAAUCAGAAUUAAAAUGUACAUUCUUAAAAGACAGCUACAUUGAGUUGUGCACACUUUGUGCAAUACUGUAUACAUGUAGGCUAUAUUUCUUAUAGACCAUAAGUCAUCACUAGUGUUUUAGAUCAGGAUUCAAUCAAAUUGGUGGUAACAACGGUAACAAACGCAUACUUAUCAUUGCUUUUGUUUAGGCGGUGUCAGAGAUGUAACUUCAUUGGAGCUGUCAAAUCCACAAGCUCCUCCCAGCGUUAUACCUAUCGCAGACAUUGGAUGCACCAAGUUGCAUUAGUAGAAAUCCAAUGCAGCCGCAUUACAAGUUUGAACACUGGAAUGUGUGAUGUAAUCUACAACUUGAUUAGUGGCUCGAUUCAAUCCGUAGCGUUGAAGAACUGCUCUUUAGCAUUAUUUAAUUUGAAAGGUAAAUUCGGAUUGAGCCAACAUAUGCAGUGUUUAGCCUACUGUAAAUGCAGUCUCUACCAGCGGGAACAUUGACUUUAAAUUUAAAUCGCGUUAUAGUGUGGAUCUUCAGUGUUUAGCCUAAUUAUUUUCAAUUUGAGUAUCAUUAUUUCUAUACUGAACAAAAAUAAACACAUAAAAUAUUUUCCUGAGUUACAGUUCAUAUAAGGAAAUCAGUCAUUUGAAAUAAAUUAAUUAGGCCCUAAUCUAUGGAUUUCACAUGACUGGGCAGGGGCGCAGCCAUGGGUGGACAUAGGUCCAUUCACUUGGGAGCCAGGCCCACCCACUGGGGAGCCAGGCCCAGCCAAUCAAAAUGAGUUUUUCCCCACAAAAGGGCUUAAUUACAGACAGAAAUACUCCUCAGCACCACAUCAUCAAUUAUUCAUGUUUCCACUUGCGCCAUGGGAUUGUGGGAGGUGGAAUGUGGUGUGGAAUGGCUAAAAGUUGUGUCCGCUGAAGUUAAACUUCGUCAGAGUGACUUCACUUCACUUCCACUAUUCAUGCGAAAUAAAGACGAUAAUCAAAAACAUUAAGAACACCUUCCUAAUAUUGAGUUGCCCUCAGAACAGCCUCAAUUCGUCUGGACAUGGACUCUACAAGGUUUCGAAAGCGUUUCAUAGGGAUGUUGGCCCAUGUUGACCAAUGCUUCCCACUGUCGGCAGGAUGUGCUUUGAGUGGUGGCCCAUUCUUCAUACACACGUGAAACUGUUGAGCGUGAAAAACCCAGCAUCGUUGUAGUUCUUGACACAAACCGAUGCGCCUGGCACCUACUAACAUACCCCGUUCAAAGGCACUUAAAUAUUUUGUCUUGCCAAUGGCAUACAUACACAAUCCAUAUCUCAAUUAUCUCAAGGCUUAAAAAUCCUUCUUUAACCUGUCUCCUCCCUUUCAUAUACACCAGUUUGAAGUGGAUUUAACAAGCAACGUCAAUAAGGGAUCAUAGCUUUCACCUGGAUUCACCUGAUAAGUCUGUGUCAUGGAAAGAGCAGGUGUCCUUAAUGUUUUGUACACUCAUUCGCAAAGUAUUCAGACCCCUUGACUUUUUCCACAUUCUGUUACGUUACAGCCUUAUUCUAAAAUGGAUUAAGUUGUUUUAAGAAUUAUGGCCACUGUGUUCUUGGGGACCUUCAAUGCUGUAGAAAUGUUUUGGUACCCUUCCCCAGAUCUAUGCCUCGACACAAUCCUGUCUCGGAGCUCUACGGACAACUCCUUCGACCUCAUGGCUUGGUUUUUGCUCUGACAUGCACUGUCAACUGUGGGACCUUAUAUAGAUAGGUGUGUGCCUUUCCAAAUCAUGUCCAAUCAAUUGAAUCUACCACAGGUGGACUCCAAUCAAGUUGUAGAAACAGCUCAAGGAUGAUCAAUGGAAGCAAGAUGCACCAGAGCUCAAUUUCGAGUCUAAUAGCAAAGGGUCUGAAUAAUUAUGUAAAUAAGGUAUUUCUGUUUUUAAUUUUUUAUUAACUUACCAAAGAUUCUAAAAACCUGUUUUCAUCACUUGUGACAACUAUUGGUGUAAAUGGAUUAGUUUUGUAAAUACCAUCUUCCAAUGAAUCACCACUCAUGGAUUUAAAACAAUUUAACACUGUAGUAGGCCAACAUAAUUUCCCCAUUCCUAUCUACCACUACUUUGAAUGACGGGUUUAUUGACACUUUUAUAAUUAUCAUGCUGGGAAGCAAUGGUACCAAUAAAGUAUAACAUCAAUAGAGAGUCCACCACUUUUCCAGGAUAUGAAUGAAGAAAAUUUGAACAAAGUCACUGUCUAUCUUUUCCUCUGUGCCAAAACCACAUGAAAACUUUGACAGAAGUUGAGACCUGAAAGCUAGGGCAAUAUAUAGAAGGAGGAAGAAGCUGAAUAAUGAUAAGAAAAAAGAUACAAUUUAAAUGUUGUCCCUGAUAUACCAGCUUCCCAUCUUCAAGUGGAUUAAAAAGGUUCCUCUGUCACAGAGCUUGUCCAUUGUGGAGAACCACACUGUCACCACGCAUACUUCAUCACAAGAGAUGGCAGACAUUGUCACUGAAAUCAAUGUGAAUCAUGGAAACCUUUCUGAGGAUACAACAAAGGAUAUACACAUGAAUAAUAUCACUGCAGCAAAUUAUUCAGAGGAGGCAGCAAAAACGGGUAAGCUUAUCCAAAUUACAUUGUAUUCUGUUAAAUGCAGAGGAUGCAAUUGGAUUCAAACCAACAUCCUAACAUCCUGUAAGGAUAAAUUCCUCUUCCACCUGUUGGACAAAUGGAUGUUAUAACCUGUUAUAAUGUGUCAUCAUGAGGAUGCGUUGUAUUUUUAGGGACCACACAAAUAUCAAUUAGGUUACUUCCUUGCUAGUUGUGCAGUCAAUGUCAUUGUCAAGAAAUAGACAGGCGUUAUUCAGUGCCUUCCUCUGCUGUUUCCUGACCUUCUCAGGAGCUGAGAAUACCGGGCCAGGGAGAAGAGUCUACAGACUGGUCGCUGUGAGCUUUGGUCUGCUGUGCAUUGUACAAGUAACACUCAAUGUCUCCCUACGCCUCUUUUUCUGUGAGUGAAAUUAUUUCUGACAAAAUCUUUGAAAUCUAGUUAGAGAGCAAAAUCUGGAAAAUUAUACAAACUACAGUAAUGGCAUGCUUGUAACUGUGAAAAACAUGCAGUUUAAGAUUCUCCAAAGAUAAAGGAGUACAUAUAAUGCUGAGAAUAACAAACAGCUCAUGAAUCAUAGCCUCUUUCUGCAAUCUAAACCAUAGCUUAUCUCUUCUUACAGCCAACUCUGCACAGAUGCACUGGUUACAGAUCAGUUACAAUAACCUAACUGAAGAGGCUGAACAUCUACGGACCCUUUUCAAUGUCACUUUAAAAGAGAGAAACCAACUACAGACCAGUUUCACUGCCGUGACUAACGAGAGAGACCAGGCACAGACCAGUUUCAUUGUUGUGACUAAAGAGAGAGUCCAGCUACAGACCCGUUUCAAUGUUGUGACUAAAGAGAGUGUCACGAUCGUUGGAGGAAGUGGACCAAUGCGCAGCGUGAUGAGUGAACAUACUUUUAAUUUGAUUCACCACACGAAACAAAACAACAAAACGAUACGUGAAGUCCUAGGUAACAGACACAAACCAUACACGGAACAAGAUCCCACAAAACACUGUGGAAAACAGGCUGCCUAAGUAUGGUUCCCAAUCAGAGACAACAAGCAACAGCUGACACUCGUUGCCUCUGAUUGAGAACCACCCCGGCCAAAACAGAAACACAUGAGCUAGAUAAAGAACCUAGAACACAAAUACAUAGAAACUACACACCCUGGCUCAACAUAACAGAGUCCCAGAGCCAGGGCGUGACAGUACCCCCCCCCCCCCCCCCCCCAAAAGGCGCGGACUGCGACCGAACAUAAACCGAACAGGGGAGGGCCGGGUGGGCAUUCCUCCUCGGAGGCGGUUCCGGCUCCGGGCUUGACCACCACCCUCCAACAAUCCCCCCGUAGCGCCCCUGGUCCGGUCUGGCCCCGCUGGCUGGAGCUGGACUGGACAUCGGUGGAGCGGAUUGCUUAGGCUCCGAUGUGGAGCAGCUGACCGGUACCUGACCAGGCACCGGUGACCCAGGCACGGGCUGUGCCGGACUGACGACGCGCACCACAGGCUUGGUGCGGGGAGUAGGAACGAGCCGGACCGGGCUGACGACGCGCACCACAGGCUUGGUGCGGGGAGCAGGGACGGGCCGAACCGGGCUGACGAAGCGCACCACAGGCUUGGUGCGGGGAGCAGGAACGGGCCGGACCAGGCUGACGACGCGCACCCUUGGCUUGGUGCGGGGAGCAGGAACGAGCCGGACCGGGCUGAUGAUGCGCACCACAGGCUUGGUGCGGGGAGCAGGAACAGGCCGGGCCGGGCUGGCGACGUGCACCACUGGCUUGGUGCGGGGAGCAGGAACAGGCCGGGCCGGGCUGGCGACGCGCACCAUUGGCUUGGUGCGGGGAGCAGGAACAGGCCGGGCCGGGCUGGCGACGCGCACCAUUGGCUUGGUGCGGGGAGCAGGAACAGGCCGGGCUGGGCUGGCGACGCGCACCAUUGGCUUGGUGCGGGAAGCAGGAACAGGCCGGACCGGGCUGGCGACGCGCAUCACAGGCUUGGUGCGAGGGACAGGAACAGGCCAGACUGCACUGGGAACACACACCACUGGCCUUACCCGGGGAUCAGGAACGGGCCGGACCGGACUGGCAACACACCUCAGUACCUCUCGCCGUGCCUCUACAUUUUCCUUCCCUCUACUCGCCAAUGGCUCCCGUAACCCGGUGGCCUUCUCUCCUCGUCCACUAACUCGCCCCUUAUCUGCCUCCAGCAGCCCCGUCGUCCACGGUGUGAGCCCCCCCCUAAAAAUUUAUUGGGCUUGUCUCUCCCCCGUGGAUAUGGCCUCCAUGGCUCUCGCCAGACUCUCCAUCCUCUGCUCCCAAAUCCAACCUAUCUCCUCCUCACGCUGCUUGACCCAGUCGAGGUGUACAUCCGCUAAAGUUACCUCCGGCGUGUACUCCUGGACACGCUGCUUGGUCCAGUAUUGGUGGGAUCUUCUGUCACGAUCGUUGGAGGAAGUGGACCAAUGCGCAGCGUGAUGAGUGAACAUACUUUUAAUUUGAUUCACCACACGAAACAAAACAACAAAACGAUACGUGAAGUCCUAGGUAACAGACACAAACCAUACACGGAACAAGAUCCCACAAAACACUGUGGAAAACAGGCUGCCUAAGUAUGGUUCCCAAUCAGAGACAACAAGCAACAGCUGACACUCGUUGCCUCUGAUUGAGAACCACCCCGGCCAACACAGAAACACAUGAGCUAGAUAAAGAACCUAGAACACAAAUACAUAGAAACUACACACCCUGGCUCAACAUAACAGAGUCCCAGAGCCAGGGCGUGACAGAGAGAGACCAGCUACAGACCAGUUUCAAUGCCAUGACUAAAGAGAGAGACCAGUUAACUAAUGAGAGAGACCAGUUAAUUAAAGCUAUAGACCAGUUGAAGACAAAUAAUGAUGCCAUGAUUAAAGAGAGACCAGGUUUAACUCUGUGCUCUAGUUGAGUUGUACUGUAUCUGAAAAAUGAGAGCGAGAGAGUAAACAGUCAUGGAUUCACCAUCUUGGAAUCCUUAAAAAACUACCAUUAUGUUCUUUUUGAUAUAUAAAUGGAUAAUUCACUAAGAGAUUAUUGUGUCAAUAUGGACAUGAGUGCUACUUUUCCAAUGGUCUGUUAUGCUGCUCUUCAACAGAGAUGUCAAGACAGGGAUGGAUGUAUUUCAGCUUCAGAUGGUAUUACAUCUCAACUGAGACUAAAUCCUGGGAGGAGAGUAGAAAGGACUGCAAGGGGAGAGGAGUAGACCUAGUGAUCAUAAACAGCAAAGAGGAACAGGUGAGAGUGAAAGAAGAGAAAGAAAAGGGGGAAACUAGUGUGGUACUGUUGAUGCCAGUAUGCCAAUAUAUUUUUCUGCUAAUAUGCUAGGAAUAUAUCCAUGGAUUCAAAAAGAUGAGGUACUGGAUUGGUCUGGCUGACAUAGAAAUUGAAUCGACCGUGACAUGGGUGGACGGCACACCACUGACCAUA